AUGGCCAAUUCUUCAGCCGAUGGCAGCCUGGGCUCGCUAGGCCGGGUUUCCCUGAUUGCCCCUCCACCGCUGCCCACCUUGAUCGCGGAAUGGGCCGCGAUUGUCCCGCUUAUCUGCAAUCUCGCAGACCAACGCGACGACUACAACACCAUAGGAGAUGUUGCGCUGCGAGGCCGAUUGUUCGUUGGUCUGUUCCCACGAUUGGGGACGCUUGCCGGCCUUUCGAGGCUCUUGGGAGGAGGGAAACAGUAUCUUGACCAUGCGAGCAACAAAGGUGGUUCUAGCCGCACAGUCUGGGACGUUAAUUGGGGAAGUGUCUUCCCUUGCGCAAAUGGCGCUGUUGUUCAUACCAUCUCCGAGUACCUUCUGGCUGGAACCCAGAGUCGCGUGCGACGCAUGCCUGAGACUUGCAUCAAUGAGGCACGGGGAGUAGAUUCUAAGAAGCCGUCCAUCCACGCCGACAAGUCAGCAGGGUCGGCGCACACGGCCUACCGUCGCGAAAGCUCCACCUCGCGUGUAGAGGGACAGGACUCGAUCAGACGCUCUCAAACCCUUCACGUAUACCGCAUGAAACGCAAGCGUAUAGCUCGUGAAUCACAACGCGACAUCCGGGGAGUCGUCUCUUCACUACCCUGCCAGAUUCUGAAGUACGUGGUGCUCACCGGCCUUGCUACUUUUCUCGUCCUUGUUGGAUGCUACGGAACCGCCGCAUUGGUUGUCUGCUCCACGACAUCAAGUGCUGUUGCGCAGACGAUCAAUGUCCGACGUCCGUGGGGAUACCUGCGUAAUAAUGAGGAUCACAGUGCUUGCAUGUUGGUCGCAGCCCACGAGAACGCCGUCGAGUGGCAUCUGUACAUUGGUGACCGGGCUGUGGUAGACACCAUCCUCAACAAACCCAUGUUCGGCAUCGCGAGUGACGCAGCAACGAGAUAUGCUGCUAGGUGGUUUUGGGUCGCACACCUCCUCCAACUUGCAGCAAUGACCUUUGUGGCCGCUCAAAAAGGUUGGGACGGUGUUUGCAUGGUGUUACUGCUCAUCGGUCAGUGGGCCUCUUCAUCUUUUCACAGCAGCCGAGCUCUGUGCGUGGAAUGGCUCAAAACUGAAGGAGUCGAUGCCGAAGUCAAGAGCUUCGAGUUUAGCGGACGAUCUGGAAUGAUGGGAGCCAUUCAGUUGUUCAGUCAAAGUACUGUGACGCGAUGGAUGGAUACCAUCCUGGUACCGCACCCUCGACGAGAGGUCUGGCUUGAGCGACUCACCGGCGGCACAGACGAUGUCAAUCUCAGCAGCCACGAUGAGAUCUGGACCAAAAAUAUGACCGAUGUUUCCCGCGUGUCUGCAGCAGUUCUACAAGAGGAAUUCAGCGAGGAGCACGCGACAAUGUCGGUUGAGGUCAAAGUUUGA